CUUCUAUUCGAUUCUCGCACUGGCAAACCCCCCGUGGAAUCGCUUCGCCAUCGCGUGGUCUAUUCGAUCUCUUGGCCUCUUCUUCGAUUUCUCUUCUCCGACUAGCGAUCUGUGUUCUUCGAUGGAGUAGGGAUCUGCUGGGGAGUGGGGAUUGCGGAGCUUGAUGGCGGAGGAACCGAAAAGGGGGAACGGCCAUCUGGUCAAUUUUGGUCCGUCCGAAUCGAGAUGGGCCGCAUUGGACGACGAGGAGUACUCGGAAGAGGAAGGGCAGGAGUGGGUGCGGAGGAUGAGUUUGUUGGAAUCUGAGGAAGACGAUAACGUGGAGCAGAAAUUGAUUCGGACCAGUCCCCAGAUCGAUCCCCUGGAUGUCGAGGCCCUCGAGAUAGCUGAGACCGGGGAAACUCAAUUUGAGGAUCUUACUAUAGGAAAACACAUAUUCCUUACGCUACAGAUACUUGCAGUUGUAUUUGGAGAUGUUGGGACUAGUCCACUAUACACUUUCGAUGUUAUCUUAAACAAAUAUUCCGUCACUGGGAAAGAUGAUGUUCUAGGAGCACUCUCUAUUGUUUUGUAUACUUUGAUCUUGAUACCACUUGUGAAGUACACCUUGAUUGUUCUUUGGGCGAAUCAUGAUGGUGAAGGAGGGACAUUUGCAUUAUAUUCUCUGAUUUGCAGGAAGGCAAAUGCCGGUGUUCUUGCAAAUCAACUGACUUAUGAAUCUCCCAUAUCAAGUUUUGGACUCAAGGUGCCAUCACCGGAGCUGGAGAGGUCUCUAAAAGUUAAGGAGUAUCUUGAAAGUUCAUUGGCAAUUAAGUGGUUGCUUUUGGCUUUGGUUCUUCUCAGUACUUCUAUGGUGAUUGCUGAUGGUGUUGUGACUCCCGCAAUUUCAGUUAUGUCUGCUUUCAACGGGCUGAAGGUCGGAAUAUCUAGUAUUGGGCAAGAGGAAGUGGUGAUGAUUUCAAUUGCAUCUCUUAUUGUCCUGUUCUGUGUUCAGAGAUUUAACACUAGCAAAGUAGGGCUUGCAGUGGGGCCUGCAUUAUUCAUAUGGUUUUGCUCGCUUGGAAUUAUUGGAGUCUUCAAUCUUUUUAAGUAUGGAUUUAGUGUGCUGAAAGCAUUUAACCCUGUUUAUAUCUACUAUUUUUUCUGGAGAAAUCCAAGUCAAGCAUGGAUGUCCUUGGGGGGUUGUCUUCUUUGUGCAACAGGGUCUGAGGCAGUGUUUGCUGAUCUUUGCUACUUCUAUGUUAGAUCAGUCCAGCUCACUUUUGUCAUUAUUGUUCUACCAUGCCUUCUACUGGGAUACCUUGGUCAGGCUGCAUUUCUUAUGGAAAAUAUUACUGAAACUCAGCAGGUCUUCUUUUCAUCCAUUCCGAGUGGAGCUUUCUGGCCAGUCUUCCUAAUAGCCACCAUAGCUGCACUAAUUGCUAGUCGAGCAAUGAUAACGGCAAUAUUUUCAUGCAUAAAGCAAUCAAUAGCUCUUGGUUGUUUUCCUCGAGUGAAAGUCAUUCACACAUCUCGAAAGUUUAUGGGCCAGAUAUAUAUUCCAGUGAUAAACUGGCUUUUGUUGGUUUCCUGUGUGGCGUUUGUUGCAACUUUUGGUAGUAUAUUUGAGAUUGGCAAUGCAUACGGAUUUGCUGAGCUAGGUGUGAUGAUUAUGACCACAAUUCUAGUAACUAUCAUCAUGCUUCUCGUAUGGCAGAUACAUAUUGCAUUCGUGCUAUGCUUCUUUACUUUCUUUAUGGGAUUAGAGUUGGUUUUCUUUUCUUCAGUUUUGGGCAGUUUGGCAGAUGGAAGCUGGGUGAUGUUGGUUUUUGCUGGGUUUUUGUUUACAAUAAUGUGUAUCUGGAACUACGGCAGAAAGCUUAAGUAUGAAACUGAAGAGAAACAAAAGCUUUCACAGGAUUUGAUGAUGGAACUUGGUUGCAACUUAGGUACUAUCAGAGCCCCAGGUAUCGGCUUGGUGUACAAUGAGACAGUCAAAGGAAUCCCUGGAAUCUUUGGUCAUUUUCUGACCACAUUGCCAGCAGUUCAUUCCAUGAUCAUAUUUGUGUCUAUUAAGUAUGUACCCAUCCCUGCAGUGCCACAGAGUAAAAGGUUUCUCUUCAGGCGUGUCUGCCCCAUAAGCUAUCACAUGUUUCGUUGCAUUGCACGGUAUGGUUACAAAGAUGUGCGGAAGGAAAACCACCAGGCAUUUGAACAAGUUCUGAUCGAAAGCCUCGAGAAGUUCAUACGAAGAGAAGCCCAUGAACGAGCAUUAGAGAGCGAUGGGGACGCCGAUGCAAUUUACUUGAGAGAAGCGACUAGCUCAAACAUUCUCAUCGCUCCCAACGGCACUUAUUCCCUUAGCACUCCUCUCCUGUCCAGUAUCAGUCAUAUCGCUCAAGUAAACUCAGAGGCAAGCACUUCAUCAGGUGAGCCAGGUAACAAAACCACGACCAAUGCUCUAAUCCUCGAGUCAGAGUUAUCCAUCUUACAGAAGGCUAAAGAUAUUGGAGUGGUGUAUCUCCUCGGCCACGGUGACAUCCGAGCUAGGAAGGAUUCUUGGUUCUUCAAGAAGCUGGUAAUCAAUUACUUCUACGCUUUCUUGCGAAGGAACUGCCGGAAGAGUGUGGCGUCGCUGAGUGUCCCGCAGGCGAACCUGAUUCAAGUCAGCAUGACAAACAUGGUCUGAGUGCACGGUUGCUGCUUCCCCGUGCUGAAGUCGAUUGCACUACUUGUCAUGUUCCACGAUUUUGUUCGAUCCAGCUAACCCCAGGAUGGAUACUUGCUCGUGCUAACACGACAUCUACCAUGUCGUCUUUUCUGAAUUCUGUCCUUUUCCCUGUCGUGGUAGACUGAUUGUAAUAAUUGGAUAUAGAUGAUUAACGCGCAGUGUACACAUGAUAGCGAUCGUUUGUGUCCUUUUUGCUAGAUGCCCGUUAAAGUUUUGUAAAGUUUCGGACACCCAUGCCUGGACCGUGAUGGUUAGAUUUAGUUGAAAAUUUACAAGAUGUGUGCGGAUCAUUACCAUUA